AUGGCAGAUAUACCACCCGAAUAUACCAAUAUGCCUUGCGAAUUUGCGAGUAAACCUCAACAAUCCAAUUUCUGUAGUUUUCUCCCACUACUAAGGGUAGUUGUGUCAUUCGAAUACCUAACCCAAUUCGUUAAAAUUAGGGAUCAAGCACGUGACAGAAUUACCAGCACAGUUUUCAUUUUACUUCCAAACCUCCAAACGCAGCGUUUUGUUCAUCUUGAACCCGAUAAACCCCCGACAUUUUGCUCAUCUUUUCCAACUUCGCAGCUCCACAGGACUAUGGCUGCUGUAGCUUCUGACAAGGCAGAUGGCCAAACCCAGUGGGAAUUUAGCUGUGACUUGGAGGUAGAUUAUGAGUCUGAGGAAAGCGCUUCUAUUGUCUAUGCAGUAUUAGCUGUUGAUAAGGAGUUGCAACCAGAUAAGGUGAAGAGGCAGAUGUCAGUUUCUAAUGGAAAGCUUUCAGUGCACUUUGAGGCUGUUGAGGCAAGAUUUCUUCGAGCAUCAUAUAGUGCAUUUGUAGAUCUUCGGACCUAUAAGAUAUCUGGAAAGAAGGUUGUCGUUCUACAGUAUACUAGUGAUUCAGUGUUGCCCUUUAAGAGCACUUCUAUUCAUUUGCCAGUGCAAAAGCUUGCCCAGACAACAGCCAAAGCAAGUCUUGUCUUCGGGCUUGCCCAGACUGGUGGAGCCCAGCGCUUGCCCUGGCAAGCCUUGGCCGCUAGAAACGGGAUUGGGGGUCUAGGAGCCUCUUGCAUGGGUAGCCCCUCCCGCUGGAAAUGCCACUGA